AAUCAAGAAACUGAUUAAUUUACAAUUUAAUCGACACAUUUAUACAUUGGAAUCUUUUCUCAAUGAUGUGGUCAAUUAAGUGUAACAAUUAAAACAUUUAAAUUGAUUCUUUGGAAAUUCAUUCAAAGCUAUCUACAUGUUACCUCUUUGGGCUCCUUUGUGGUUGGAUUUACAGUAUUCAUCACCUUCACUUUUAUUGAUUGUUGGACUUUUUUUCACCGUAACUACUAUAUUAUCAAGGCUGUUUGUUAAUAGAGUGGCCAUGGAACGACCUUCGAUAACCGUUUUUGACCCGAAACCAUCAAUCGCUCAGGACAUGAAUAUCUUGAGAAAUCCUUUCACUUUAAUUCUUGAUGAUCAACAGCCCAGAGAAGGACAAUUGGAAAAUGGUGUAACAAUUAAGAUAACUGGAGACAAACCAUUCAGAUUAACCAGCUAUUGGGGUGUUAAUAUAUCCAAAUUUCAUCAAUCAUUGAAAAAAGAUUGGUCCGAGAUGCGACAAUUAAUUCGUGAAGGCUCAUUUUUGGCUGAAAAUUGUUUACAAUCAUCUAAACCUGAAGAGAUUGAACCUCCAAUCGGUGAAUCAAUUACCCGUCACAUUGUCAGUGAAAAUCCAAUUACUUCAGAGAUGCUCGGUACAUCUCCAAGAGCUUGUUAUCCGUUGAUAAUUAUACUUUCCAUUAAUGAUGAUGAUUCCCUUGACGAUCAAACCACAACAAUUAAGGAUCAAUUGAACAAACCAUCAACCUCAAAGGGCAAUGGUAACAACAGGAAACUUAAAGAUGAAAUCGUUUGUUUAACUAGUAUUUUACAUAUACGAGAUGAUAUUUGUCCAAUGGAUAGUAAUAUAAUUACCCAAUUAACCAAAUUACGAUAUGGUAAUGUUUACAAUUUACAAUCUCUAUUCACUCCAGGAGCUACGGUUGAUGAAACUUCAAAGUCCGUUACAGUUUGUGUCAUUUGUCAAGAUGCGACAAUUUCCCGAGCACUUUUACCUUGUCGACAUGCUUGCAUUUGCUGUGAAUGUUAUGGUCUAAUUGAUAAAUGUCCAUUAUGCCGAAGUUAUAUUCGAUCGUUUUUCUUUAUUCAACAGGCUAAUCAACCUGAACAAUCAACUGAAUCAACUGCACAAUCAUCAGAUUCAUCUGUUGAUCCAACUAAACCAAAACCUCGUAAAAGAUUUGGUUUCCUCUCAUUAUGGUAACUCUUAAGUAUUAUUACAAAAGUGUAUCUCUCAUCUCAUAUUUACUUUGUAAAUGAAAGUUACUUGUCGUUGUUUACAUGUUUUAAUCAUUUUAAUUUUCAUUUCAACUAAUUAAAGUUAAAGUUAAAAGAAAAGUUAAAA